CGAGGAAGGAAAUUGAUGGGCUUGGUGCUGCAGUUAGCGUCGGUGUGCGUAAAAUGGCGGACGGUGACAUUGAUUUGUACGCCGAUGAUCUCGAGCAAGAUUUCGCGCAGGUAAUUCGAUCUUAUCUUUGAUAAUAAUACAGAGUUGAAUAUUAUUCGUAAUUAUUAAGAGCGAGAAUAUUAAAAGAAAUCAAUAGCCGAUAGUGAUAAAAACACGCGUUAGUAUAUCGGAGUGUUCGGCGUCAUGGAGGAGCGAUGUUAACGAUCGCUCGAUGAACUCUGCGAAGUCCUUAUGCCCGAAAUACCAGUAUUAUCGUGAUCUGCUUUUGUGUGAAAGCAAUCGGAAUACGCGAAGUAUAUUCACGAAAACUUUUUUCUAAACUACGUUUCACAAAUAGUGCGUUUUGUGUACACGCGUAAAAAACUUCGGACCUAGCACAAAUACGAGUAAUAGAGGUUUCCAGCAGGAAAAUCAAAAUGGUGUUAGCGGACGAAUUUGCGGGUGAUGGAGUGGAUUUGUACGACGAUGUAAUCGCAGCUCCAGCAGGCGGUAAUGGUGGUGUUUCCAGUGGGAAUACCGGGGAUGGAGGCGGUGAUACUACAUCCACAAAUGAGGAGACUAAUGGGAAUGCACCUUAUCAUCAGCUUGGAAACAACAUCCAACCUAAUCAAAUAGGAAGACGUCAUCAACUAUACGUUGGCAAUUUAACUUGGUGGACGAGUGAUCAAGACAUAACUGAUGCGGUCCAAAGUAUUGGUGUAUCUGAUUUUGUUGAAGUAAAGUUCUUUGAAAAUAGAGCAAAUGGACAAUCUAAAGGUUUCUGUGUAAUUUCUCUGGGUUCAGAACAAAGCAUGAGAAUUUGUAUGGAAAGAUUACCUAAAAAAGAAUUACAUGGUCAAAAUCCAGUUGUAACAUUUCCGACAAAGCAAGCUUUAAAUCAGUUCGAAUCUCAAUGCAAGACACGACCAGCACCUGCUCCCCAGCAAAGUCAGAGUCAACGUCCUCAUAAUCCGCACCAACAUCAGCCACCUAUGCCACCUCAUCAACAACAUCCACAACAUCCACAACAUCCUCAACAUUCUCAACAAAAUCAUGGUCCUAGAAUGAUGAUGGGCCCUCCACAGGGUGUCAGACCACAAAGAAUGCCACCACCAGGUAUGGGGCCACCUGGACCUGGUGGGCCUGGUCAACAAGGUCCGCCUCGAAUGCAUGGACCACCUAUGGGUCCAGGUCCUGGACCACACCAUCCUUUACCUGGACAUCCUAAUCAAGGUCCACCUCCACCAGGAUAUCAGCAAGCACCAUGGAAUGGUCCUAGACCAAAUGGUCCACCUGGACCACCAAGAGGUCCAAGUGGACCUGGUGGCCCACCACAGCAAGGACCUCCAGGACCCGGACCUGGACAGCACAGACCACCAGGCAUGAGUUGUACUAGAGACCUUUCAGAAGCCAGUUUUCAUAUAUCACAGCAAUUUCAUGGUGGUCCACCUGGACCCCCUGGUCAGGGUCCUCCUCGUGGACCACCUGGACAUCCUGGAGGACCUCCAGGUGACCCUAGGGGUGCUCAACCACGACCAGAAUGGAAUCGACCACCAGGAAUGCAUCAUGGGCCUCAGGGACCACCAGGUUUCCCUCAACAUCAACAUAUGCAAGGCCCACAACCUGGCCAAGGGCCACCACAGAGAGGACCUCCUCCAGGUUCUAUGGGUGGAAUGUUACCAGGUCCGGGCGGUCCUCCUCCUGGACAUGGCGGACCACCUCAGGGACCACCUCAAGGACCUCCAGGAGGGCCGGCACCGCAUGUAAAUCCAGCAUUUUUCCCACAAGGACCACCUCAUCAACAUCCAGGACAACAUCCUCCAGGUCCUCCUGGUCCUCCUCAUGGUCCGCCUCAUGGUCCGCCUCAUGGACCACCCCAUGGACCACCCCAUGGGCAACCGCAUGGACCACCGCAUGGACCACCGCAUGUACCACCGCAUGGCUAUGGGCCACCUGCAGCACAGCCACCUUAUGGUGCGCCAGGGCCUGAUCAUCGUCCUGAAGGUCCUCCUCCGCUUACGGAUCAAGAAUUUGAAGAAAUAAUGGGACGCAAUAGAACAGUGUCCUCUUCUGCUAUAGCCAGAGCAGUAUCGGAUGCUGCGGCAGGAGAAUAUGCAAGCGCCAUUGAAACCUUAGUUACUGCAAUUUCUUUAAUAAAACAAUCUAAAGUAGCUGCAGAUGAUAGAUGCAAAAUAUUGAUCAGUUCGCUUCAAGAUACUCUGCGAGGUGUUGAAACAAAGAGUUAUGGUUCUGCUCGCAGAGAACGUUCUCGUUCGCGAGACAGAGAACGUAGUCAUAGAAGACGCCGUGAACGAUCUAGAAGUCGUGAUCGAGAAUAUAGAGAACGUAGCAGGGACAGAGAUAGAGAACGAGAUAGAGAACGUGAUCGUGAAAGAGAAAGAGAUCGUGAUCGUGAUAGGGAACGUUAUUAUAGUGAACCGUAUCCCCGAGAAAGAUCACGCAGCAGAGAGAGAGACCGUGAUCGAGAGAGAGAUCGGGAAUACAGAGAGAGAAGCAGAGAAGAAAGUACGACACGUCAGUCAGCCAGGCCAAGAGUAAAAGAAGAACCGCCAGAGGCGGCUCCUGUCUCGUCUUCCAAGGCGUCUAGGUAUUAUGACGAUCGCUACAGAGAACGUGAACGAGACAGAGAUCGAGAACGAGAAUCAAGCCGAAGACCAUCUGAACGAGAAAGAGAACCUGAACGUGAACGAGAACGGGAACGGGAAAGAGAUCGUCGUGAUGAAAGAGGAGACUCUUCACAUCGGUCAAGACAUUAAACGGAUUUGAAGAGAACAAUAUAGUGGAAUGAUAACGAUUACCUACAACAUUGUGACCCACAACGUAGUCUUGUUCAAAUUAAAAAAAAAAGAAAAAAAAAAGGAACUACCGCUUGUAAUUACAUGGACAUAUUCCAUGUCCAAUCAAGAUUCAUAAAAGAUGUUAACAAUGUUUUAGUAGGAAACAAAGAUAUAUAUGAUACAUUUUUUGCAUUCAACUUUAUAUAGUAGAUACAAUGAUAAUAUGAUUUAUGCGGUAAUUCGUGUGUUUAUUAUUUCAGUUUAAAAAAAGAAAAAAGAAAAAAAAAAGAAAAAAAAAGCUCACAUUUAAGAUUCAGUAGAAUUAUCUUAUAUUAGUUCACUUACGUUUCUUCUUCUUCUUCUUUACAUAAUAUGCAUAUUAUAAGAUUAUAAUAUACGUAAAUAUAAACAUGUGUAAUAGCAUUAUAAGUAUAAGGAAAUAUUCACGUAGUUUUAAAAACUUUAGAUUUUUAAUCAAGACGAUGUGUCGGUGCUUAAUUGAUUGAUAAUAUUCUAAAAAUGAAAUGGGUAUUUUCCAUAUAAUUAAUUGACGCUGAACUAGAAAUGAGACAAAGGUGAAGAAAGAUAUACCAAUAAAUGUUUAAUGCAAGUGCUGGCUCACAACUUUGGGAAGAAGGAAGACAUCUUAUAUGAAUUCAUCAAUCUUCUAGCUACACCACGAUGCAAGAUUGUAUCUUAAUAUAAUACAUAUAUACGCUUUCAAAAAUAUAA